CUCAUAAGAUCGAGAAGUCGAACCAGGAGACUGAAAUUUUGCCGGAAGAAACCUGCAUCCGGAUGGAUUUCGUAUGUCGCCUAUAAUUUAGAGCUGCUGUAUCUUCGUCGCAUAGGAGGUUGCAUUGUCCAGCCGUCGAAAUAGUAACGCACGGGCGUUCAGUCCCGCUGGAGCCCACGCCUUUGCUGCGGAGUGAAAUCCUCCAGAGUGUGCGUCCGCCUGCGGCUUUUGUAUACGUACAAAUUACACCACUUUUAUUCCUCAAAGGGCAACUGCAUUAUGGUAGCUGUGAACUUGAAACCUAGGGUUCCUGAAGACAUUAAUGGGCUUACCCUUGAUCCACAACCCGAUUGGAGCUUUGAUGCUCUGUUAUCGGAGCUUAGUUCAAUUGAAAGGAAGGUUGCUGCAUCACCAAAGUUUCCAGCAUAUACCAAGAUAUGUUCUCGGGAAUGUUCUGCUUCAAAGAGUGGUGCUCUGCGGCAGGGUUUUGUUAUGCAGGUGGAAGAGACAUUAAGUGAUUGUGAAGAUGAGGUUUCUGAGCAAUCUGUCACUCCAGGCAUGCAAAUUACUUGUGAUGACCUUAAUUCAAGGGAACGUUCUGCUUCAAAGAGUGGUGCUCUGCGGCAGGGUUUUGGUAUGGAGGUGGCAGAGACAUUAAGGGAGUGUUUGCAAAUGGUUUUGCUUUAAUAAAAGUACUUUUUGAAGUGAUUUUGGAAAAAUUGAUUAGUAGUAAAAGUUGUUAGUGUUUGAGAAAAAAGUGAUUUUGAAAAGUAAAAGUUGGUAGCGUUUGGUAAAAUAUGUGCCUUUUGUGUAAUAGAAAAAGUAAAAAACACUUUUCGGUCAAAAGCCGAGAAGCACUUUUUUAAGUACAAGUUGUUAUUUGAAAACACUAACUUUAGCUUUUUUAAGCCAAAAGCCGAGAAACGCUUUUUUUAAGCGUUUGCAAACACUCCCUAAGUGAUUGUGAAGAUGAGGUUUCUGAACAAUUUGUCACUCCAGGCAUGCAAAUUACUUGUGAUGACCUUUAUGCAAGUGAUGGUCAAAUUUCCGAAGAUGAGGCAUCUUUUGAUGUAGACCAACAUCCAAUGGAAAAAGUUGGGUGGGUGGAAGGCGCUUUGUCUGAGCUUACUUAUGAGCAUCGCCUUAACGUUAUGGAAAAUGUGAGAAACAAAAUAUCAGCAUUUGAAACAGCUCUGUUGGAUGAGCACCAUAUAUUUUCAUCUAAGCUUCAAUUUGUUGCGAAGGAUUAUGAAGCACUAUCGGAAAUGGAUCGAAGGCUUGACAUGCAGUAUCAGCGCAAAAUUGCAGAAGCACUUGAUGAUCACUUGAUAUCUAUACGAAGGGAUCAUGAACAUAGAUCCCAAAUUGAAGAAAGGAGAAUAAGAUGUGAUGCAGCCCUUGAAUUGGCUGAAAGAACAGAGAGGGCUUUUCUGGAAGAGAUAUGUCUAGAAACAAAUAGAACAGAGCCAGAGCUUUGUAUGGACUUGCAUAGAGCUUUACAUUUUGCCUGUAGAACAGUGUCUGCCUGGAUGGGGAAAGUAGCAGCUGUAACAAACUGCUCAUGAUGAUCCCUAAUGUACAUCCUAAGGUAAUAGAGGAUGUUGGAAAGAAAAAGGAAAAAACAGCAGAACUGGAAGCUCAGAGAAAAGACGUUGAAGAGGCUGCAGAGGAGAAUACCUCUGAGAAUGUUAAGAAUAUUGCUACUGGCCAUCAGAAGGUCUCAGGCCAGACAGCGGAGUUUGGACAGGAUGUGCAUAAUUCAUCACAAUCAGCAGGUUCAACACACUUCGGGUCAGCUGAAAUAACUAAUCAAGAAGUACGGAAGUCCCAACUUGAAAGCAUGGGCAAAGGGAUUUCUUUGUUUCAGCUACUAGUAUCAGGACGUAGUAUAAAAGCUGCAAAAAACGCUUUGGAUAUAGAGAAGGAAAGAUCUAUGCUGUAUAUGGAAUUAGCUGUGAAGAAUGAAGCGUUGGGGUUAGGCACUAAAACGGAAUAUAAAAGACUUGAGAUUGAAAUCUAUAGAACGAUAAUGACCAUAUCAGGGCCAAAGUGGACAAUUUGAUUAAGUUAAUAGAUAAUUCACCAUAUCCUACCAUAAGCAUUGCAAUCUUUGCAAAAGAGAUCAUCAACCGGUAUGUGGUUCUUGCGCAUAAAAAGUCAAGUAUUCCUUAUAGCUAUGGCCGUGUAAUUGUUCUUGUUACAUCUCAGGUUCCUCUUGCUAUGGAUAUUAUCCUUGCUGAAUUGAACAAAAAUUGCAUCUACACAGUUCCAAAGCAUUUGGCGUACUCUCAGUCAGACUUCUUGAACAAAAGUGCUUACUGUACAGCUAUUGGAUAUCAAGUGGAAGAAGAUGGGAAGAUUGAAACUGAUAGUAGUUACCUUAAUCGGUUAUGUGCCUACAUGAAACUAUACGGAGCUAUUGUUCAGACUGAAGUCGAAGGGUUCCAGAACAUGCAUGGGCAUCGAGAAGGUUGGGCAUGGUUGGCUAGACUCUUAAAUGCAGUCCCGGCAAACUUGUACACUGCUGCUGCCUUAAACGCAUUUCUUGAAGUUGCUGGUUUUGUGCUACACAGAAGAUAUAAGCAUCAUUUUGAGAAGCUAUUGAACAUCCUCACCGGAGACUUCUUGAAACCUUUGGACGAAGGUCUUCAGUCACACAUAGUGGUCACUCAGCUCUGUAGUUACGUAAAGUCAAAGAGUUAUCUUAGUGAGCCAGAGGGUCGGCAUCUAGCAGAUCAUCUACGUUCGAACACUGCUGUAAUAUGAGCACUUCUGUUGCAUAGAGCUGCUUCUAAGUUGUUACAGUUGAAGAUUGAGGCUUUUGAUAAAACUUUUCUGAACUUUUUAGGACUCGUUUAUGUUUCUGAUCAUUUGUGUAGAACUGGGAUUCAGACAUUGUUCGUGUAUAAAUACACAACAGAAAAUGUUGUAGUACCAGUAUUCUUUCAAUAUAUGAGAUACAAAUAGUUUAGGAUCUGUAUUUUUUUUUU